GCCUUCCAGUCAAAUCAAAUCACCACGACACACACUCAACACAAAGCUCGAUCAUCAGUAGUUAGCUCACGGCUCACAAAAUUCGCAAGUGCAAUCACGCAACAGGUCCUAAGUAGCAAUGGCUUCUCUCGUGCUAGUAGUGGCUAUGGUACUGAGCCUGGCGCAGCUCUCCGUGGGGAGCAGAAGGCUGAUGGAGCUGUACAACCCCCCGGUGAGCGACCAGCUCACAUACCACCACGGCAGUGUGCUCAGUGGCGACAUCCCGGUGUCCAUCCUCUGGUACGGCAAGUUCACGCCGGCGCAGAAGUCGAUCGUCUCUGACUUCCUCCACUCGCUCACCGCUGCGCCGAGCGCAGCCACGCCCUCGGUCGGGCAGUGGUGGGGCACCAUCGACCAGCUGUACCUGUCGAACGGCGCCACGAACGGCGCCACGGCGACACGCGUGCUCCUCGACCAGCACGUGUCGGACGAGGGGUGCUCACUCGGGAAGUCGCUCACUCUGGCCCAGAUCGAGCAGCUCGCCGCGCGCGUCGGCGUCAAGAAGGGAGGCAUCGCGCUGGUCUUCACCGACGAGGACGUCACCGUGGAGGGCUUCUGCAGCAGCCGGUGCGGCAAGCACGGCUCUGGCCCCGGCGCAGAGUCCACUUACAUCUGGGCCGGAAACUCCGUGAAGCAGUGCCCGGGGCAGUGCGCGUGGCCGUUCGCGCAGCCGCUGUACGGGCCGCAGGGCAAACCCCUGGUGGCGCCCAACGGCGACGUCGGGAUGGACGGCAUGGUGAUGGUCCUCGCCACGAUGGUGGCCGGCACGGCCACCAACCCCUACGGCGACGCCUUCUACCAGGGCCCAAAGGAAGCGCCACUGGAGGCGUGCAGCGCGUGCCCAGGCGUCUACGGCAGCGGCGCCUACCCGGGCUCCCCAGGGAACCUGCUCGUCGACACCACCACCGGGGCCAGCUACAAUGCCAACGGCGCGAACGGGAGGAAGUACCUGCUUCCGGCCUUGUAUAACCCAGCGACGUCCACCUGCAACACACUGGUGUAGUCGAUUUUGUACCGGACACAGUUUCUGUACGCCUGACCAAAGCUGUACAUACGAGUUUGGAACUUGGAAGGAAUGAAAUUACUUUUUCUUCUUCUUCGAAA